CGUAAACAAAACCCACCACGUCGGCGUCGGCGCACCGCUGCUAGAGUGCUAGGUGCUCCGAGCGUCAUUCUCCGCCCCGACAUUUAAACCUUGCUCCCGACAACCGCCGCCGACUCCUCCCCAAUGCUCUCCUCUUCCUCCUCCACCCACUCGGCCACCUCGCCCUUCCCCGGCCUCGCCUCCGCAAACCCUAACCCCCGCUCUCGCCUCCUCCGCCUCCGCGCCGCCUCGCCCGUGUCGUCCGCGGUCUUGAGCGCGAGUGGGCGCCAGCCGAUGAGUACGGUUAGGGCCUCGUUCGCCGCUGGGGCGGCCGGCCGGAGAGCUGCGGCAGUGGGGGAGUUGGCGACGGAGCGGCUGGUGGAGGUGGCGCAGCGGGCGGCGGACGCUGCUGGGGAGGUGCUCAGGAAGUACUUCCGCCAGCGGGUUGAGAUCAUCGACAAAGAGGACCACAGUCCUGUUACAAUUGCAGAUAGAGAAGCAGAAGAAGCAAUGGUGUCAGUUAUACUGAAGAGCUUCCCUACUCAUGCCAUUUUUGGCGAGGAGAAUGGUUGGAGAUGUGCAGAGAAUUCUGCUGAUUUUGUUUGGGUUUUGGAUCCAAUAGAUGGAACGAAAAGUUUCAUAACUGGCAAGCCUCUUUUUGGGACGCUUAUAGCACUUUUGCACAAUGGGAAGCCGGUUAUUGGUGUCAUUGACCAGCCAAUCUUGCGAGAAAGAUGGAUUGGGGUGGAUGGAAAACAAACAACUUUGAACGGACAAGAAAUAUCUGUUCGCUCUUGUAAUUUACUUGCACAAGCUUACUUAUAUACAACAAGCCCACAUCUCUUUGAAGCAGAUGCUGAAGAUGCAUUUAUUCGUGUAAGGAAUAAGGUGAAAGUCCCACUUUAUGGCUGUGAUUGUUAUGCUUAUGCUCUUCUGGCUUCUGGUUUUGUGGAUAUUGUUGUUGAAUCUGGUUUGAAGCCAUAUGAUUUCCUCUCGCUGGUACCUGUCAUUGAAGGAGCUGGAGGGUCAAUAACUGAUUGGAGAGGGGACAAGCUCCAUUGGCCUGUUACUGCAGAAUCACGGCCCACAAGUUUUAACGUGGUAGCAGCUGGGGAUGCCCGUGUCCACAAAGAGGCCCUUGAUGCGUUGCGGUGGCGCUAGCGUGCUCUUUAGAUAAGCAUUAUACUAAUAACCAACUAUUUAGACAUUUACAUGUGAUAUUUGUAUGAACAAUAAUAAGCUUUACCUGUAUGCUUGUUGGUUGGCCUCAACCUUUGCACUAAUAAUAGAUAGCUUGGUUGUAAACU